GAGUUCCCCUAAAUUCUCUUGCUGUCACCACUUUCUAACCAGAGUUUUGUUUUGAUUGCUGUUCUUGUGAAUAUUUUCUUGGUGAAAGGAAGUGGAGAAAAGGGCCAGAUAGGGCAGGAAAAGGACCUUAGGGACUGGAGGGACAGGAAAAUCAGUAGAGUCCAGUCAGUAGGAGGCGUGUUGCAUAGCUAUGAAAAUCAAUUCCUGGGUGCUCUAGAGAAGAACUUUUUGGAGGCUCUAUGGCUCAACAAAAUCCCAUCAUGCCCAAGCCAUUUGUGGAGGAGGUGAACUUCGAGGAGAUUAAUCAUUUAGCGAUUGUCGGAAAGGGAUCCUUUGGGACGGUGUACAAGGCCAAAUGGCGAGACAAUUACGUGGCCGUCAAGUACAUCGAACCCGAAUCAGAGAGGAAUGCAUUUGCCGUGGAGGUGCGACAGCUGUCGAGGGUGGCACAUCCCAACAUUGUAGCCCUCUACGGUGCAUGCACGAAGAAGCCCCACGUAUGCCUCGUGAUGGAAUACGCCGAAGGAGGAUCACUUUAUGCUGUCCUGCAUUGCACUCCCAAACCAACCUACACGGCUGCACAUGCCAUGAGUUGGGCUCGUCAGUGUGCGCUGGGAGUGGCAUAUUUGCACGACAUGAGCCCCAAACCAUUGAUCCACCGUGACCUGAAACCACCGAACUUGUUACUUGUCCAGGGCGGAACAGUGCUCAAGAUAUGUGACUUCGGUACAGUGACGGACAAGGCCACACUCAUGACCAACAACAAAGGAAGUGCCGCAUGGAUGGCGCCCGAGGUCUUUGAGAGCUCAACGUACACCGAAAAGUGUGAUGUGUUUAGCUGGGGAAUCAUCCUGUGGGAGGUACUAUCGCGCGAGCAGCCCUUCAAGGAGAUUGAGCACACGUUCACGAUUAUGUGGAGCGUCCACAAGGGACACCGUCCACCCCUGAUAGAGGGAUGCCCACGUCCCAUUGAGAAUCUUAUGACAUCAUGCUGGGAUCCCAAUCCCUCCAAUAGGCCAUCAAUGUCCAAAGUAGUUGCCACAAUGGAAGAGCUCUGCAAGUUCUUUCCCGGAGGAGAUAUUCCUCUGGAAUACGAGGAUAUGGAAGGGUGUAUCGACAAUGACGUUGAUAGCUUGGACAUAGACCCAGAAUCCGACUACGUCGACUGGGGUUUUGGCACUGAGAGGGACAAUACGAUUGGGACAACGAAUUCUAGUCAAGUUGCGGACCUCAUUCAAGUUUUCAAUCAAACACAGAUUACAGCACCAAAUGCUACGAGAACUGAGGAAAAUCCCGAGGGGGGUGGUGCUGUUAAAAAUCUCCCCAAGAGUGGAGCGGCACCUCUGGAGCCAAUUUCCGUUCAAGUAGAUCCAAAUGCAUGGGAAUUGGAUCCAAAUAGUGAGGAUUUACAGACGCUCCUGGGGAAUUUCGCCAAUAGUGAAGGGAAGGAACGUCUGAGUGUUGCAGAAACGCGUAUCCCUGCGGAUAAGGAUCAAGAGAGGCAGACUGGGGGUGAUGUGGAAGAAGAUCGUGGAGAUAGCUACACAUCACUCAAUUUAGAUUCAAUGCAUCUCAUGUUGGAACCACAUCUACGACCCGCCACGCCAGAUCCGGAAAAUGACUUAUCCAUGCAGAUAUUUGAAGAGCAUAAGCAACUUGCACAAAACUAUCUGAAGUUACAAACAGAAAUUGCUUAUGUAACAAAACACAGGGAUGAAAUUCUGGCAGCGAUGAGUCCACAAGAAAGGCAAGCACGCCAAGAGUACUGCGAAAGACUAGAGGAGAAGGAAGCUCUAUUGAAGCUACAAUCAAACUUACGACGACAGCUAGAAUUGCUGGAGAAAGCGCCAAAGAUCAAUAAUAAUUUCGGGAAUCCCCCUGAAUACAAUGCCAUCCAAAGGGAUGAGCGUGAACAAUUUCUGCUGGAUGAACAGCGACACUUCCAGCAGCUCAAGGAGCAACAGCAGCAAAAGUUCCGGAAUACACAGUAUCAUCAAACACCAAAUAACAAUCAAGCACAUCAUCAUGUGCCAACGAGAGCGGCUCCACCUGUGCCCGAUUGGGUGCUGAUUCCAUCGAAUAAUAAUUUUGAUCAGGAUGGAAAAGAGUCCUCCAUACACUGAGAAUAACUAAAAUCCCCGCGUGAAGCAAAUGAAGAAAAAAAAAACCCAAUAUGAUGUGAUAUUUUCCUAACUUGUACAACAAUGAAAGAAAAAUGGGAAAUCCCUACCAGUGUCCUCAUAGUGUCCCACAUUUUAAUCUAACAACUUUCAUGUUUACACUUUUCUUUAUUUCUUAAAACUUAUCAAAGUGCCAACAUUUCUUACCUCCAAACGACGAUGAAAUGAUAAAUUGUUUGAUAAAAAGAAAAUGUUUGAUUAGUAUAGAUUUGUCUCGAUUCUCCCCUCAAAAUACACUCUAUAUUUUCUCACUGUGGGACAUUUUGCUGAAAACGAGAUCAUUGUACUUAGAAAUUGUUUGUUAAAACAUCAGAGUCAUAAAUUAUUUCACGUUGAAAUAAAGAGAAAAAAAGUCGCUAUAUUAAUAAAGAACUAUUUUAUCAAAAACGACA